AGGACAAAGGACACGUCUGUCGACUCUGCAAUGUUUGCUUUUGUCAUUUAGCCAUAGAGCCACAAAUGGUUGCACACACUACACACAUCUUUGUUUUGGUUCCCAACCACAGGCCUCCAUUGUUGUCGCACAGCCACACUAAUAUACAGUGGGUAGUGAACGCACCAGUGCAGUAAACAGGAUGCCCCUCAUCAAAAUGAAUGGACCAUCCAUCUUCUCAGUCUCUGUUGGACAUCACUGCAGACAGCUGUGUGUCCAGUUGUCCUUCAAAUGUGGAGGUGAGCCCAUGGAAAAGUUGUCAUCUUCAGACAAAGGAGCCCUGGAGGAGAGGAAAGGCCUGGUGGAGGAUGAUGGCGUGUUGAGGGGGGCAGAGGGCGGAGAAGCGGGUCUUCACGCCCAGAGGAGGAGCAGCUCGUCACGAUCCUCACGCAAGAGCUUUCGACUGGACUACCGCGUGGAGGAAGAGGUGACAAAGUCAUGUCGUGACAAACAUGGCCGCUUCACCAAUCCCUGGCCGACAUGGCGCUUCCCCUCCUACCCCACCCUGCUCCGGUUCCUUUUGCUCGACAAGAACCACAGCAAUGUCCCGACCAGUAAAGAGGCUCUUGACAACGAGCUACCUGUGAUGGAGCCGUACUUUGUCCAGAAUCCGGACCUUUCCCUUUCCGGCCCUGGUUUGAGGGUCACCUGGCUGGGCCACGCCUCAGUUCUGGUGGAACUGGAUGGUUUGAAUAUUCUGACAGAUCCUAUUUUCAGCCAGAGGGCGUCGCCGUUCCAGUUCAUGGGUCCGAAAAGAUACAGAGGCCCACCUUGUAACGUGCAACAGUUGCCCCGCAUCGACGCCGUGGUCAUCAGUCAUUCCCACUACGAUCACCUCGAUGCUGGAACAGUGGCUAGCCUCAACGCACGCUUCGGCGGGGAGCUACGCUGGUUCGUGCCACUCGGCUUGAUGGACUGGCUGUCCAAGGCGGGCUGCGAGAAUGUAAUAGAGCUGGACUGGUGGGAGGAGAACUGCGUGCCGGCUCACGAUGACAUCACAUUCGUGUGCACGCCCUCUCAGCACUGGAGCAAACGCAGCGCGGUGGAUGACAACAAGUCCUUAUGGGCCAGCUGGGCUGUUCUGGGUCCAGAUCACCGCUUCUUCUUUGCCGGAGAUACCGGAUACUGCCCAGCCUUCAAAGAGAUCGGUCGACGCUUUGGACCGUUUGACCUGGCGGCAAUCCCCAUUGGCGCAUAUAUUCCCAGGGAUGUGAUGAAAGGGCAGCAUGUAGACCCAGAGGAGGCGGUGCAGAUCCACAUGGACCUUCAGGCCAAACACUCACUUGCCAUUCACUGGGGGACUUUUGCUCUGGCCUAUGAGCACUAUCUGGAGCCGCCACGUCGCCUGCAAGAAGCUCUGGAGGAGAAAGAGCUAAAACCACAAUCCUUCUUCACGCUGCAGCAUGGAGAGUCUCGCCUUCUGACGUCACGUGAUGGGGACGUCUUCCGCUGAUUGUGGCUUUUAGUGACGUCAUGCAUAUCUGGCCUGGAUUUUACAUGGCCUACAUUAUGAAAUGGAGACUUAUACGCUGAUCAUAGUUUAAGCUGAGCUGGGUUCGGCUUUAUGAAUGUUUUAUAUGAUUCCAGCUUGACAUCUUAUUAGACAUGUAUGAGGCUGUAAUGUGAGGAUUAUUCUGAAAACUAUCAUUUCCAUGUAUUCGCACUUAGACUU